GAAGUAAGUGGUAACUGCAAUAACCGAACAUAGCAGGGUCGGAAUUCGGUGAUUCGAAAACAAAAUCCUAUUUUUUCUGGUUAUCCAAACACUCUCUCUCUCUCUAUAUGUGUGUUAGCGCUUGCAGAGAGCAUUGAAGAAGAACAAAGAUGGUGUUAACUUCAAUUUCAAUAGUCUCUUCCUCAUCUUCAUUCCUCUCCGAUUCUCCUUCCUCUUCAACCAGACCCUUCUUCCCUUCCUCAAACCGAAACCUUCUUUUCACAAGAAAACCACCACUUCCCAAUGCUACCCUCAGAGCCUCUUCUUCUUCUUCCGCGUCGCAGGAAAAUGGGUCGCCGGAGCAGUUCCUCAACAGCAAUUCCAUCGCCGAUUUCAUGCGUUUCAAGCGCCGCGUCGACGGUGGUGGCAGUGCCGAGUUGCAGACGGCGGUUGUCGGCUACAAGAAGAGGUUCCCUUGGUCCCUUUUGCGCCCUUUCCUUCAGGUUGACUUGGUUUCGACAAUUCACAUCGCUGAUGAAGAGUAUUUUCUGGCCCUCCAGAAGGAACUUGAAAGCUAUGAUUGUGUCCUUUAUGAGAUGGUGGCUAGCAGGGAAAGUUUAGAGAAUAGAAGAAACGGUACAGCUACAAAAAGGUUAAAAGGUUCACGCACCAAGGGUUUUAACCUUUUGGGAUGCAUCCAAAGACAGAUGGCUCGAAUUCUUAUGCUUGAUUUCCAGUUAGAUUGUCUCGAUUACCAGUCUUCGAAUUGGUACCAUGCAGAUCUCGAUUAUGAGACCUUCAAAUUACUUCAGCUUGAAAAAGGUGAAAGUUUCUUUUCUUUUGCAAAAGAUAUGACUCUUAGGUCUACAAAGGCAGUAUUGCAGCCAGCUACAAUUCCGGAAGAUCUUGAUCCAUGGCGAUCCAAGCUUUUAUGGGCUUCACGUGUUCUUCCUAUGCCACUUGUUGGCCUUCUUAUCAUUGGAGGUGUUUGUACAGAUGUGGGAAGUCAAGCAUCAGAAUAUCCAGAAAUAGAGGCAUUGUCAAGGCUUGAUUUUGGUGCUGCCAUGAAGGUCUUCCUUGCAAAGAGACUAACAUCUGAGUUCACUCUGGUUACAGCAGAUGUAGAGGAGAAAUCAGUUAUAAUUGGUGAGAGAAAUAGAGUAGCAAUAGAGGCCUUGAGAGCAGCAAUGGACAAGGGACACAAUAGAAUUGCAAUACUUUAUGGGGGUGGCCACAUGCCAGAUCUUGGGAGGAGAUUGAGAGAGGAGUUUGAUUUAGUGCCAUCCAAUGUACAGUGGAUAACAGCUUGGUCCAUAAGGAAAAGGGACCUAAAUACUAAUUCAUUUCCAUUUCUUAAGACAAUUGCUAAGGCUUCUGGCUGGCCAUUGAACCGCUAUCAGACAUUGGCAUUGCUCAUCUUUUCAUCAGUCUUAGCCUUGGAUCUUUGGUUUUGGGAGCUUUUCUUUGGCACUGCAGUGAAUUGGAUCUCUGAACUUGGCUCAGAACUUAUCCGAUAUGUUGGUAAUUCACCGAUGAUAUGAUUAUGAUCAUUGGAAUCAGAAAAUUAGUACUAAUUGUUAAAUAGGAUGAAGAAAUCUUGUAUGUGCCGGUGUAAAUAUGAAAAGCUUUAUUUUUGUUAAACAAAUAUAAAAAAAGAAUCAGCUGUUCCCAUUUCUUAAUGUAUUCAAAUGAUAUGAUUGUUUUCAUUCAAUGAACAUUAGCCAUUAAAGA